GGCAGAAACUGAGGCUGGUACCAGUGCUACCUACUGCCACCUUCCUCCAGGCGAGUUUGGAAGCUCAAGUGCGGCGCAGGCUGGUACCUUUUCCCACAAGCUGGCACGCUUUGUCGUCCCUCGAACUUGACAGGUUUCCACCUCUCAAGUUGUAACUUGUGCCAACUCCCAAGUCAUUUCAUCAUGUUGACACAAGUCAAAUAAACCCCUUCCCCUGUUCUCCCCCGGGCCUACACUCCCAAACGGUCCUUUCUGUGUACUAUGUAGAGCCUUUGCUAUCCUGGGGGGGUCAUUAUGGAUGUGCCACAUUGUUCCUCGAUCCCGUUAUCCUGUCCAAGCGAGUUACACAAUUUUCCAUACGCCUUCCAUGACUGGGUCUGAUGCUUCCAUUGCAAAUGUCCCGUCAUUCCGGAUCUGCUCCUUACUUACCUGUCCAUGUCGCCAACCAGCCGCCCGGAGUCUAGGGGAAAUCGAUCAACGCUCCACUGCGAUUAUCAUUUGCAUGUCACGAUAUGUCAAACAUGGUAUGGAGGAUGGAUAUCCUCACAACUCUCGGGGAAUCCGCUCUGGCCCUAUCGGCCUCGUUGAUUUUUCGGCUUUCUCAUUCGCAUCCCUGGCGCCACAAAUCUGCCCUCGCCUUCCAGUCCCUCCCCCUCCAAAGACGUACAACUUGAACUUCAAGUCUCGACCGCCGCGCCCCUCCCCCUCUCUGAAGUCUGAACCAUGGAUCAUGACCCAGAAUUCGCUGUCACGCGUUAUGCUGCGCUACGGGUGCUCUCAUCCUAGACCUUGCAAGGCCUGUCGCUCGCUCGCUUACACUUACAGUUCACCGUCCUGGGCGUCACCGCCCUCAAGCACCCCCCGUCAACGUCGUGAACUGGCGCUUCCGGGGCCCUCGAACUGCACGACCAAAAGCACAGGAUCAACCGGGUCCCUAUCGAGUAUGUAUGUACAGAGCCCUGGACUCUAGAGGGGCAUCCCAUCACUUCUCGAGCACCAACGAUGCGGUGAGUCCUUGUAAGCGCGUCUCUCACCUUGUCGGUCUCGAACGACGAAAUGUCGGAGUGGGUACACGAAAUGGCGGACAGAAGCUGGAUUUCAAGGGUCAGAGAUCCGAAAGGGCAAGUCCUGUCAUAUUGGUGGGGAGCAGACUAACAAAUCUUGCGCUGCGACUCCUGGGUCGCAGCAAGAAAGUGGACAUCCCCUCUUCUAUUGUCUUUUACGCUCACGAUAUCACCCGCUUCAUAUUGACGGUUUCGCCUCUGAUGCCG